CAUGUGAGUGCUGUUAGCGUCCUCUCCUUUCGUACCGCCGUGUAGAGGAGAUUACUACAAAUUUUGGCGACGAGGUGGUUAACCGUAGUUCUCUCCGCGUCUCGGUGCACUGGCCGUGAGAGCCGACGCGAUUUUUUUUUCUUCUUCGAUCCAUUUCGUUUCACUUGGAACACGUUCCAUGGCUAGUCAGAAUGGGCCCUGACAGCUGCUUCCCUUCAGCAUGCGUCUCGUGACAACGUAAGAUGUGAGUUUGCACUGUUUUUGCAUCGUUUCCUACAACCUUCUACAACAUAUAUAUAAUGGAUAAUGGAACACAGCCUCCUAUAGCUGCCGGCACGUCAGCGCUCGCGCCGGUUCCAUCACCGCCCGACUUCUUGCCAGUUCCGGGCAAGCCCGAGCGUGCAUGGCCCGCGUGGAAACGUGCUUUCUUGGUGUUCCUUGAGGCGUCCGGCUUGGACAGUGUUGCGCCUAGUCGAAAAAAGGCGAUCUUGUUUUCCAUGCUUGGGGCUGAGGGCCAGAGAAUUGUUGACGCUUUUCAGCUCGAUGAGACUCCCGCUUCCGAGGAAGGCGAUGUUUUUGAAGUCUUUUUGAGUGCUAUCGAGAAGCACUUUGAGUUUUCUGGGUUUAUCGCGCUGGAACGCCAAAAGCUUCGCGCUCGCGUCCAACGCCCGGGAGAAACCGUCUCGGAGUACUUAACCGCUCUGCGACGCCAAGGGUCUUUUUGUUCUUAUGGAGACGCUUUGGAAGAUAGGCUUGCUGAGGUCUUUUUGGAGGGGUUGGACUCUGAGCGGGUCCAAGACCGCAUCCUUCGAGAGUGUGUGGGGACGGGGGUACCCACUUUAACCCGUGUCGUUCAGCUCGCGCUGCAGUACGAGCAUCUUGCGCGCACCACAGAAAGCUUCCACCUGCGAGCUCCCAGUGCUAGCGGUGCGGCGCCGGCAGCCGUUGAGCGCGUCUUUGCGCACGUGCCCAUUGGAACGCCGGACGUCCAAGAUGGAGGUCCAUGGCCGGCUCCUUCCCGAAGUCGGUGGCAAGAUGGCCGGUCCGGCGUCACUUCCAGUCACGUGCCCCGGACUUUACAACACCACCCACCCCAGCGUCUGCGCUACCCUCCUCCUUCAAGGCACGGAGAUGAAGGAGUCGGUGUUCCCUGCAACUUCUGUGGUCGACGCGGCCACAACCGCAACGAGUGUCCAGCGUCUGGUGUGGCAUGUUUUUUGUGUGGAAAGACGGGCCACUUUGCGGUGGUUUGUCAGAGCCGCCGCCCACCGUCGGCGGCCUUCGUCAGUGACCCGCGGCGAACGUCGUUCCCGAGCCGUGGCCAAGGCUCCGGCCGUUACUUCGCUGCCCGACCGUUUUCACGGAAUGUGCCGUCAGGAGGUAACGAUCCUGUGAACAUUGUUGGGCCAUCCCUGGUGCCGGAGAUGCUGCCGAGCGUCCCCGUUGAGUCGGCCGAGCAAGCAGCAAGAGGUGUUUAUCGUCGGGAUGCCUUCAUGGCCGACAUCAAGCUCAGGGAGGAGGAGUUCCACGGCAGUAUGUGAAGUCGGCGGUCCCCCUGCAGCGACGGCCGUUCACCAUCACGUCCUGCCAAAACCGCCAACCGGCCGGAUCCAGAGAUGCAAGGUCCCGGUCAUCUUCUUUUGUACCUUCGGGUGCCAACGUGUCUACAUCGUCAUCGGUCUCGGAAGAGACCACUCCGAAAGUUCCCGCGGACUUUGACCACGAUUCGUCGACAGCCGCGAUUCCGCGACGCCAUCCUGAGAGCCAUGGGCUCCAUCAACCACAUCUUCCUGAAAACACAAGUCCUGAGAAUACAAGCCAUGAAAUCACAGCACAAC